GUGAUAAAUCAGAGGUUUUUCAACGCUUAUAGGAAGAGCUACGGUCAUUCGAAAAAAAAGCUACCAGUUCGGGCAAGACGGACACAUUAAGAUGCCUACAAAUUACAAGCGCAAGAGUAACCGGCAGUCAUGAUCCGCUCAGCAGUUGGAACAAGCCAUUAAAGCUGUAAAAAGUGGAUCGCCGGUGAAGACAGCAGCAAGAAGUUACGCAAUUCCAAGAUCCACACUGAUUCGCCACCUCACAAGUCCAACUGUAUCAACUCGGCUAGGACCUCUUGAUUCCGUAUUCAAUUCUCAACAAGAAGCUGGUACAACAUCUGUUGGAUUUGGAAAAGAGGUUCUAUGGAAUAACGAUGACUAAUGUUCGAAAGCUUGCUUUUGAUCUGGCCGAAAAAAAUGGAUUGCCACACCCGUUCAACAAGUCUACCAAGAUGGCUGGAAAAGCUUGGCUAAGCAAUUUUCUGAAACGAAAUCCCAAAUUGUCGUUCCGUAUCUGAGUUUUACGAUUUGCUGGAAGAUCCCAAAUUGACGCCAGAUCGUGUUUUGAACGCCGAUGAGACUAGUGUUUGUACCGUUCCUCCGAAGAAGUCUAAGGUAGCGGCAUUGAAAGGCAAAAAACAGGUUGGUGGUAUUACAUCUGCGGAACGCGGAGAAACAGCUACGGCAGUAAUGUGCAUGUCCACAACCGGACAGCACCUUCCGCCGUUCUUCAUUUUUAUUCGCAUGCGGAUGCACGAAGCUUUUAAGAAAGGGGCAUCACGUGGAAGCAAAUUUGCCUGUAAUGCAUCGGGUUACAUGACGGUCGAAAUAUUCGAUGAGUGGUUCAAUCACUUUUUGGAGCAUGUAAAACCUUCUGAAGACAGUCCUGCCUUGCUCAUAAUUGAUGGCCACUCGUCGCACACGAAGAACCUAGCUUUUACCGAGAAAGCUAGAGCUAACUUUGUUAAGGUUCUAGUUUUACCACCUCACACUAGCAACAAACUUCAACCGCUGGAUGUAUCCUUUAUGGCACCUUUCAAGGCGUACUACUCACAGGAAGUAGAGCGUUUCCUACAACAGAAUCCAGGUAAAGUCGUCUGCCAAUAUGACGUUGCCGAGCUCAUGAAACCUGCAUUCAUCAAGGCGGCUACUACGGAAACUGCUGAGAACGGGUUCGAAAAAACAGGAAUUUGGCCAUUUGAUCGCAAUAUUUUUUCCGAUGAUGACUUUGCCCCGGCCACGGUGACUGAUCAAACCGAUCCUGAGAUUCUUCGUGAAGAAGAGACGUUUCGAUUGCAUCUUGAUGGUGCGCCUAGUCAAUCGACCGUAAAUCGCAUUUCCUGUGAGGAUAAAGAAGUUCAAGUGCUUCCCGAAGACAUCAUGGCUGAUUUCGCAGAACCGGACAGCAUCUCAACGGCCAAUAACCCGGUGUUUGAAAUAUCUCCGUCGAUCUUCCGUUACCGAAAAUGGUCACCCCGAGAGUCACGAAGAGAAAACGCCAAGCAGAAAAGGCAGCUGACAUAACGUCUGCUCAAUACGCUGACACUUUGAAGAAGGCGAAAGCAUCGAAAGACAUUAAAUCCAUCAAAAAAGAACAAAAACAACGCUCUUCGAAGAAGCCUAAGCAAAAUAAGGGCAAAUGGGACACCUCAUCUGAUAAUCUAUGCGAGAAAUGCGGAAGCCAGUUUUCUGAUACAGAUUUCAGGACAGGUUAGACAAUAUGCUUACAAUGCCUUUCAUGGUUCCACGCUGAAUGCUUUACUUCUGCUGCAACUAUUUGUCAGAACUGCUCUUGAUUCUUCUUUUUUUCUUGUUUUUUUAUUCCCACUGAAAAUUGAAUUAAUUUAAAUACUCAAAUGAAC